AUGGGACGUAUGCCCUGCUUCCGGCACACGCUGGCGGACCGGUGGAUGACGAUUGGAAUAGUUUUGCUGUGCAUGGUCAUCGGUAGUGUGUGGGCCAAUCCGGAUGCCAAGCGGUUGUACGAUGAUCUGCUGAGUAAUUACAACCGACUGAUAAGACCUGUCAGCAACAACACCGACACGGUGUUGGUUAAGCUGGGAUUAAGAUUGUCACAGCUGAUCGAUCUGAACUUAAAAGAUCAAAUCCUGACGACAAAUAUUUGGCUCGAGCAUGAAUGGCAAGAUCACAAAUUCAAGUGGGAUCCUGCUGAGUACGGUGGCGUCACCGAACUGUACGUGCCUUCCGAACACAUCUGGCUGCCGGAUAUUGUGCUUUACAACAACGCUGAUGGAGAGUACGUGGUGACAACGCUAACGAAAGCCAUCCUUCAUUAUACCGGAAAAGUGAUCUGGACGCCACCAGCCAUUUUCAAAUCAUCAUGCGAAAUAGACGUACGCUACUUCCCAUUCGAUCAACAGACCUGCUUCAUGAAGUUUGGAUCGUGGACGUACGAUGGUAAUCAGAUUGACCUGAAGCAUAAAAAUCAACUGAACAACAGCGACAACAUGGUGAAGAUUGGAAUCGAUUUACGCGAGUACUAUCCCAGCGUGGAAUGGGACAUUCUUGGCGUGCCAGCAGAGCGCCACGAGAAAUACUACCCAUGCUGUGCCGAACCGUACCCAGACAUUUUCUUCAACAUCACAUUACGACGCAAGACGCUGUUCUACACGGUGAACCUGAUCAUACCGUGUGUUGGCAUCUCGUACCUAUCCGUGCUGGUUUUCUAUCUGCCGGCGGAUUCGGGUGAAAAAAUUGCAUUAUGCAUCAGCAUCCUCCUGUCGCAAACCAUGUUCUUCCUGCUGAUAUCGGAAAUCAUCCCGUCCACCUCGUUGGCCCUUCCGCUGCUCGGCAAGUAUCUGCUGUUCACCAUGAUACUGGUCGGGCUGAGCGUCGUGAUCACCAUCAUUAUCCUCAACAUACACUACCGGAAGCCGAGCACUCACAAGAUGGCACCCUGGGUCCGGAAGUUCUUCAUACUGCGCCUGCCCAAGUUGCUGCUGAUGCGGGUCCCGAACGAUUUGCUCAAGGAGCUGGCAGCAAACAAGAUUAACUACGGUAUAAAAAUCAGCAAAAGCAAAUUUGGUGCUGCACUGGCCGCCCACUCGCAAAUGCAACCCAACUCGGGCGGUUCCAGCCCGGACUCGAUACGGCACAUGCAGGGGCGGCCAGGUGGAUGCAACGGACUACACUCAACGACAGCCACUAAUCGCUUCAGCGGGUUGGUCGGUGCGUUGGGCGGUGGACUGAGCGGACUGGGAGGCUAUAAUGGGCUGCCGUCGGUAAUGUCGGGGCUGGAUGAGUCGCUCAGUGACGUCGCACCGAGAAAGAAGUAUCCGUUCGAGCUGGAGAAAGCCAUCCACAAUGUGAUGUUCAUACAGCAUCACAUGCAACGGCAGGACGAGUUCAAUGCGGAAGACCAAGACUGGGGCUUUGUGGCGAUGGUUUUGGAUCGUUUGUUUUUAUGGUUAUUCACGAUAGCGUCGUUAUUCGGCACAUUUGCGAUCCUGUGCGAGGCCCCAUCGCUCUACGAUGACACCAAACCGAUUGACAUCGAGUACUCCAUUAUCGCCCAGAAGCUGUUCAAUCUUACCGUCAAGGAUACGCGCUCCUAA